UCAGCAAGCACCGGCCAAGGGGACACGCUUCUGCAUAGUCCUAAAGUCAUAAACAGCAGCCAUGCACGAAAGCAGCACCCACAUAGACUUAAUAUGAACUGUCGGAGCACUGAUCUUCACUUCAAGACACACAUAUUUACACUUUGAGAGGCAAGGAAAACAGACAUGGACAGCUUGGUGUGGAUCUUUAUUUGUGGAGCGCUGGGACUGGUGUUUGGCUCUAAACUGGAGAGUGCCGUAGUGGAAGAGUGUGAAUCGGGCCAGUACACCAACAGAAAGGAGUGCUGUAUACAGUGUCCACCAGGAGAGGGAGUGGUCAAGGAAUGUGGAGCUACCCAAACUGAGUGCAGUCAAUGCUUAGACAGUGAGACAUUCUCUGAGAUCUACAGUCACACAAAGAAGUGCCAGACGUGCCAUGAAUGCACAGGUCUCAUGCGUAUGCAGACACCCUGUACUGACUCCAAUGACGCUGUGUGCGUGUGCAACUACGGCUACUUCAUGGACACUCUGUCGGGACAGUGCGAGCCCUGCACCGUGUGUCCACGCGGUCAGGGUGUGCUGAAUCGCUGUGAUUACGACCAUGACACGACCUGUGAGGUGUGUACGGAUGACACCUUCUCUGAUCAGGAGAGCUCGCUGGACCCCUGCCUGCCCUGCAGCGUCUGCGAGGUGCAGACAGAGACUCUGAUCAGGAAUUGCACACCCUUUUUAGACACACUCUGUCAUGAUCCAUUUGCUCCCACCUAUUCCUCCACCACUGCCUCUCUAAGCGAUUCUAAUCCCCCUUUCAGCGAUCUGGAAGGUUUGUGGAGCCCCAGCCCUGGAGGGGAUGCUACCACACCUAAACCUAGCUCCCCUCACUUCAUCAGCAGAGGGCUCAACGAGAACCUGAUUCCCAUCUACUGCUCCAUCCUGGCAGCGGUCGUGGUUGGCCUUCUAGCGUAUAUCAUCUUCAAGAGGUUGAACAGCUACAAGCAGAAUAAACAGGCAGCUAAUAAUCGUGCAGCAACAGCUAAUCAGACACCAUCUCCAGAGGGAGAGAAGCUGCACAGUGACAGUGGCAUCUCAGUGGACAGCCAGAGUCUGCAGGAGCAGCAAGCACAGUCGCAGACGCAGAUACAGGCGCAGGCCCACACGCAGCUGCAUGCGGUAGAGCAGAUUGGUAAACUCACAGUGGUGAGAGUGGACGGGGGUGUUCAGCCUGACUCCCCCCCACCUCAGGCCUAAUGAGUGAGGAACAGGAAGUUACAUCAUCAAUAUUACGAUGAAGGGGGAGAGAAAAAUUGGAGUAAAGGAAAUGAAGGGGGCUGGAAGAUCACUUAGGAGAAUGAAGACGUGAAGCCAUGAUGUACAUCGGCCAGUGAGGCCAAGACUUUGAAUACUUUUGAACUUGGCAUGAACAAUUCGUUGAUGUGCUGGGUCAUUAUCUGGAAAGGACCAGUCUUCACAGAAUAACAUUAACUAUCAGACUCUCUGGCCUAAAGUAGCUACUUCUAAACAAAGAUAUGCCCAAUAGCCGAAAGCGAGUUCACAGCGUAAUGUAUACCGAAACCCAGUUUAAACCUCAACACAUUAAUGUUUUAUACUUGGUUUCUCAAAUGUAUUGACAUGACCUUGUGACAAAAACUUUUGAUCUCGUCAUGAUUGGAAGUAUAGACGACGGUCAUGGGUUUCACGGCUAUAAUUCAAUUUUAGCAAACGCACCAUGGUUCCUCUACCUGGGGCCUUCUGCCUGAUUCAAUAAGGAUUUCGUUUUUGCCUUAUCUUUGAAGUAUUAAUAGAUUUAGUCUCUAACAUAAAGGCCCUUUCUUUAAUCAGAAUUUUACAAGUUUUAAACCUUUGGUGUCUGGUUUAUGCAGUUAGCUCAUAGCUGCCGUUAAACAUCGAGUUUGAAAGCAACUGACCACAGGUCAGCAUUUAUAGGCAACAACUCACGACUGUGACAUUUGCUGACCUUUAGUAAUGUAAUGACUCAGAUCUAUACAUAGUUCUCCUUUCCUUUCAUCUCUUUCACACUCUCUGUGACAGACUUUUCUCUAUAUACUCACACAAAUACACAUAGCGUAUAAUAUUCCCUGCCUUCCUUUGCCCAUUGCAACUAAGGUUUCUUUAGGUGUUCUAAUUUUUAAAAAUCAAAUUAAAAUGCAAAGAGAAACCAGAACUGAAAUACUGAGAUAGACUGGGAUCUUUACCAUUCUGAUGCACAUAUAUAGACAAGACCUGAACCAAGACCUUUAAAUUUGUCAUGUACUGCCAGAUGUCACUACCUUGCUUUUGUCCCAUCGUUAAUUCAGCCAUUUUGGUUUGUUCUGAUUUAGAUUCCAGUUCCAUUUAAAUAGACGUAACUGAAUUCUGAACAAAAAUACUAAACAAAAACAAAAGUAUUUUGGUUUCAAAUUUUAAUAGUAUAUUAAAAUAUACAUAUAACAUCAAUUCUGAAUCUAUCUUUAACUUCACAUUGUCAAAUGACCAACCAGACAGUAUUUAAACUGAUUUAAGUCUCACAAGCCUAAAGUACACAAACCAAUAGUCAUAAGUGUCAUUAAAAAGAACCAGAACCUGGUUGUGCUUUAUGUUUGUUGUGGCAUGCAAUCACUGAGGACAACGGCAUAGAUGUCUUUGUCUUAUUUUGCAUUAAUCAUUGCAUUAAAUUCACAACAUAUUUAUUUUGCCACUGCACUGUUGAUUCAGAAUACUGAUGCAGGAAACUUGUACUGAGUACUGUGUUUAAGAUGUUUAAAAAGUGGUAUCUUUUUCAGAACUUUCCAACCUUAGCCACAAACACAUUAGAAAUAACUAAUGGGCCAGUCAUGAUGUGUGAUCAAUACUGGGAUUUCCCCAUUAUAUUUUAACUCCUUUGUUUCAAAGUUCAAAAAAAUCUCUUUCUCUCCUUUCCUCUCCCUUUCUUAAUCUCGCUCUCAUCAACACCACUUUGAUUAUCAGACUCCAUCAACUCAUGCUCUGGUUCUUGAUGAGUCAUCCUUUCUUGGUUUUCUUCCUCUUUGUUACCAACUCUUUCAGUCUCUAUUCUGUUCAGUCUUGGCUAAAUGAUUAAUUCCAUGAAAGCUGGGGGCCGGACAUGUGGUGUAAAGUAUGUGAAUCAGAUGCUAUUAUGUGGUUUGAAUUACAUUGCCAUCUCAGCAUUCAUGUCCUGGAAGCGGUCAUGUUCAUUGCGAGCUGAAUGUAAUGAGAAUCUGCGGGAUGGAGAAAGCCAUGUCGUCGGACUCUGUCACUAACCACUAACCAGGCUCAAAAGAAGGAGUGUCAGUGAGAUUCAUGUUUGGACAGCACACCAAAUAUGUUUACCUUAAUGUGCUGCAGGACUACAUGUACCUGCGAACUCGUGAAAUAUUUCUUAUUGACAAUGAAACUAUAUUGUAAUAUGAAAAAUAUUUAGUUUGUUUAUUUAAUGACAAUUGGUUAAUUUAGCUGCUUUUUACCUAGCAUAUUAAUGACAAACAGCGCAGCUCAUUGUGUCACUGGCAGCAUCAUAUACAAGCUAGUCUCUUUCUGUCUUAGAAACUACACCUGUUACAAUUGGGAUUUUAUGCAGAGUAAAUUAGUUUCGGUGGCUUCAGAGGAACAUUCCCCACAUGCCGUUUUGGUCAAAAACCCCAACAACAAACAAAAAAAACCCCUAAAACUUCUGAUGGUAAAUUUUCCAUUGAGGUAAAAACAAAGUUGUAGGAUAAGACAUACUUGUAAGUCAUGACAGAUUUUCUUUGGUAAAUGUUUGUAUGUCUUUUAUUUGAAUUGCCUGCGUCACUUACAUCAGCGAGAGUCAAACAAUCAUUCUUAAAGUAAGACAUAAAUCAUGUAUUAAGUUUACAGACAUAAAAUUACAGAUCUCUUGUGAUUUACUUGCCAAAGCCAAUUUUACUCACAUUUGGCACUUGUCAAAUGUUCAUUUUGGACACAAACAUGUCAACUAAAAGCCAGAGAUACUAAAAAUAGUUAAUUACUUCCUGUUUUCCAUCCAUCCGCUAGGAUAUUACGCUACUAAACAGACACUAGGGACCUAACGCAGAGCGAUCCCAUUGGGCGUGCACACACACACACACACACACACACACACACACACACACACACACAUACACACUCUCUCUCUCUCUAAUGUACUGUCUUUCUUUGCAUUCCUAAUGUGCUUACUGCCAGGCUCUGGAAUAAAGAUGAGAGUUAUUAGUGAGGCAUUCCUGUCAGGCAGGUUGUAAUUACCCCUGAAGCUUUCAGUUUCUCUUCCCCAUGCUCAGUUCACUCUCCUGGGGCUCUGUUCUGCUCAGCUUCCUUUCCCUGGAGCUCUGCCUCUCCAUUCUUAUACUCACCAUCCAAUCUUAAUGGGUGCAGCUUCAAUAAUACUGCUAUAUCAGUGGUUCUCAACUUGUUUGGCCUUUUUUCAGGCACCAGAUUUGACUUUGGACAUCCAAGUGGUGGCCCAACACAGCACAAAAUGUCUUAUCCUACAAAAAGUAAGGCAAAAAUCAAUAUUACAAUGAACAUCACCAUUUUUAAUAUUCAAAGGGUGAAUAAAAAAAAACUAUUUUUUUUCUCUAAAAUGAUUGAGGAAAGCUAAAUGCAGAUAGACUAAUAAAAUGUGACGGACAAGGAAAUGCUUCCCAUAUCUUUUGUUGUUUACAUCAGUCUGCACGUCCAGUAAAAUUUCCAGUAAAAUUUUUGGGAUCGUGACACACCAUUUGGGAACCACUGUGCAACAUUAAUGAUACAUUUACAACCAAUCACUUCUUCAUUUGACAGAUCUUUCCUUUAAGAAUAAGAUUAUGCUUUUGCACCAUUAUCCCUGUCUAUGGACAGUUUUGAAGUUCAAGCCACUAAUAUAAUUCAUACUAGAAGACAUGCAUUAACUUCAGGUUUGAUGUAUGGGUUCGUAGAAUAAUUUUGCCUCCUGCUUUUUGGCAGGAAGGUUGUCGUCUUCAUCACCUUUAGUACCGUGCAUCUCCCCUGACACUGUGCUUUCCAUUAAACCAAGCUGUGAAGCAUAUCAAUGGCUUCUGGAGUUGCUCGCAUGCUAGUGUUUAAAGUGCUUUAUGAGUUCAACAUUUCUCGUGGGGCACCUCACUGAUGUUUGCUCUGAGAUUAGACUACUUGAGAAAACCUGAUGAGAUCAAGAUAAGAUCUCUUUCACUUUCUCACUCUCUGUCUGUGGGAAUGCGCUGAGAAAAGAUUGGGUUGUCUCUAUCCCACGCUUGUUUCUUAACAGAGAGCAGAUAAGUUGGCAAACGUCAAAUAGAGAGGGGUUGUAACGACAGUACUAUAGAAGUUGCAGUGAUUGAUGCUUCUCACGGGGUGGGGUGGUGUUCUGAUAUACAAUAUAUAUUCAAAAUGUGACUAUAUUUUCAUAGAAUGUUCAAUUGAUUGGUUGUUCUGAGAGAUGAAUUGAGAAUAUAAGUAUGAGGGAGAGCCAUUUAUCAUGUAUUUCACAUAUACAGGAACCACCACGAUUUGUGCUUGGCAUUUAAGGGGCAUCAAAGAAUCAAUCAGUAAGCAUCAAUUCAAAUAGAGAAAGUAAACAAGUAGAUUGAUUCUUGAUUCAUUUCCCUGGAAUGUGCCAAAGUCUCCAUAAAUAACAGCAGCUCUACACCAAAAUAUCCCAUUUAAUAGUAAUAAAUCUCCAUUUGUCAACCAGAAUAUGUAUGAAAGGAAUGUAAAACUCAUGUAAAAAAAUGCUCCACCCUAUCUUUCUUCAUUUCUACUUUUUAAUUCUUUUAUUGUAUUUGUUCUCAUUUCAAAUAGAUUUAGUCUAUGACGGCAGUAUGUUAUAAAGAUCAAUUACUUUCGUAGCACUUAAAAUUGAUUGAAUUUUAACAUUCAAAAUGUGUUAAUCACCAGAAAGUGCCUGUGGAAUAUAUCAGGUGUCUUUGAGUUAUGUUCAAAAAGUUUAACGUAUUGUGUGCAUGUGUCUAUAUGUCUAUUUGUGUGUUCUGUUUUAAUGUGUGGGAUAGUUUUUUUCUUCAUUUUUAUCUUGUUAUUCUAUUGUUGUGAGAAAAUGUUGAUGAAGGUAACACGACAUCAUUAUCCAGUUAAAAUACAUCCAGAUGAAUAUUAUCAAACGGUCUGUGUUUCCGUGAACUGCCUUAAAUUGAAAUAGACACAUACUGUGUUACAUCAGUCCCAUUAGGUGAAUAUAUGACCCAAAAAACACAAAAUAUAUCAUGUAAUGCCACUUUUAAUGCACAUCAGACCAUUCUAUGCAUUCUACUAACAGUGCAAUCUAAUUCACUAAAAUCUAAACACAAAACUAAAAAGUGGCAAUAUUUGAUAACUUUGUGUUUUACACAUAUGUUGAUAUGGAUAAAAAGGACUGUAUGUUAGAAAUGAGUUAGAAUAGAAACUCUAUCAUUUAAGUUAGGAAGAACUGUCACGUCGAUGCUUUUGAAAAAUCAUCUUCCCAUGUUCAGCCAAUCCCUUCCAUAGAGCUUAAUGAUAUGUGCACGUAAUCCAUGCUGUACAAUGCAUUGUGUAAAUUGUUUCCCGGAGUUGUUAUUACAGUACACUUAAUGUAAACAAGAAUUUAAAUCAUUUAGAAUUAUAUUAAAUAAAAAACACAUAUGA